AUGACUUCCAUGUGUGGCAGCGGAAAGAGUCACGCCGUGAUGAAUUCUGGCAGUUAUUACAGACCUAGUCCUUUUGCUUAUCAAAAUGACUACUAUUUAUCGCCAAGAUCACCUUGGUCCAGAACAUCAAUAGCACGAAAAAAUGAUAAUACCACAUGGAGGUUUGGCAGUGCCAUGUUAAUUAUCACAGCUAUGUUAGUCUUGGUCGUAGUUCUGGCAAUUGCUGGAUUAGCUCUAUGGAUGGGUGCUUUCCGUACAGAUUCUAAAAAUGCUAUCAUCGGAUUUUCAUGUAGCAUGAGAAUAGCAAGAGGCGAGAGGUAUAAUCCCAUGUUAAAACUUAACACAAGCAUGGUCUUCCGAGAAAAAGAACGAAAAUUCAAAAAUAUUUUCGAGCUUCUAUUUAGGAGAAGCGUGCUCGGUUUAUCUUACAAACAAACCAUGAUAGACAAAUUUGAGAAUGGGACUUUGAAAGUUUUCUUUAGAUUAUACCUCGAUCGAAGGAAGAUACCACGAUCGAUCGUAAAUAUUGAAGACACCAUCCAAGACAUUAUUGCCAAGGAAACAUACUCAACAUCAUCAUUAUUCAAGGAUAUGGAAUUAGAUCUCACGUCCAUAUCAGUGAAAAGAAUAAAUCAAGAAAAUAUCGUGAAUCAGAAACAAGGACAGCAGAAACAUACCAUGAUUACCAAAAAUGGUUUAUUACGACCAAAUAGAAAUAGCAGCUUGAUUAUGAGUUCAAAAUCAAAAACAAAACCAACCAAGACCGACAGCGAGCCAAAUAUAGACUUCAAUAACAUCCCAACUAUCCAGGGUACCUACAGAGCAACGAAAGUUAAUAUUACUACAGAAAAUUCGACUAAAGGAAUAUUCGAGCCAAUGAUAGAUAACAAAGGAUUAGCCACUACUAAGAGAACGCCAUUGCAAAAACAUACCACGACGUCAGAAAAAGUACUCAGUCACGUAGAAUCUUCGCCAACGAAUGAACCUUCGACGUUGUUCACGAAAUCCACGGUAGCUGUGGCCAAUAAGGAUAAAUUAAACGACAAACAGGAGAAUGAAAUGAAAACUACGUCUUUAAGAACCACAACCAUUCGAAGCGAUUUGGAAAUUUUCAAAGAUUUCCUCAAUCCAGAUUUUGAGAACAAUUCACCAUGGAAACCGAUCGUGCCGGGAUAUAUAAAUACGGAAUUUAAGUUGUUACCUAAUGACAAUGUCAGAGAAACCAAUUAUACGGAAUCAACCGUUUCGAGAACGAAUAAUUUUCGUGAUAACGUAAAAAUGCCUAAUGAUGGAAGUAACACAACAUCAACGGUACCAAAGUUAACAUUAAGUUCUGUCAACUUUCGUGAUGUUUCCGAGAUAAAUACCUUUGAUAUCGAUAACACUGAUUUUCCGCGAGAUAGGAUCGAUCCAGGUCUAACUAAAUCAAACAGUCAUGAGAAAUUGGACAUUGAAGUCGCUGGACAGCUGCCUUCGGAAAUGUACAGUGUCAAAUUAAAGACUUCAUCAUAUGAUGGCAAUGAGAAAAUAACUUCCAACUCUGAGAGCUCGAUGACGCGCGGAGUCUCCGGAAAUAUUUCAAUAAAAGAUAACGCCUUUCAAGAAAUGCGUAAAGAUUCAAACGCUACUCGAAAAACAGAAGUAAAAUUUGAUAAUUCGGAAUCAUCGAUGGAACCUGACGACAUAUUCGGAUCACGUAGUGACGAGAGAAUCAUGAACGACUCGUUCACGAGCGGUAUUGGCGUAGCAGAACCUGUGCUAGACACGGAAAUCGAAUUGGAAGCGAAGAAUCGGUACAGAGGAAGCAGUAUUCUGACCACAGAUGAAGACAUGUUGCGGAAUAGGAAGGUUAAUAUUAAUCAGCAACCGAUUUAUACGAGUUACAAUACUCCUAAUUUGAACGGUGACAGUCUUGGAUCCAGCUUUUUGAUUGAGAACCCAGCAACUACGAAACCUUUUAGGCACACAAUACCCGUCGACAAAAUCACGUCCGUUGUAAAUUACAGUAUUAAUGUUCCUUUUGAUAACUUGGACGCUCUACCUGUUUCGAAUGACACGUCCACUGAUGAAAAAUUGUUUCAAGACAAAAUUCUGACGCCAUUACCACCAAAGAGAAUCGUCGAAGUGGAAACUUCUAUUGUGGAGCACGACGAUACAAUGGCCCAGCUGCCACAAAUUACGUCGACAGAGCCAAACAUCGUAAAAGGUGACAAUAAAUCGUAUUUCAGCACAACGGAGAAUUACUCAGAGCCAAAAUUGAUCGCCAAAGACUCGAGCGGUAAGAGAGGCGUAUCAAGAAAUUCAACCUUCGUCGAAAUAGAUACUGUCAAGCAUACGCCUGGCGAAUCGGAAGAAAACUGGGAAUCACACGCGGACGAAGUGACAGCUAAUGGUGACGAAUCACAAAAGAAGAAGAUUUAUAACGAAACUUUGAAAGCCUAUGUAGUAGAAAAUCUCGUGACGUUGGCACCUGUCAAGAGCAACACUGGAAUUGGUAGGCCGGUGCGACCGAGACCAAAGAUCGACUCUCUUGACACAACUCUUUUAGAGCAAUUAUUCGGAGUGCGCAAUUACACGCACGACAGAGACACAACGAAUACCGAAUCCACAUCUGAAUCUUCCUCUUCGCACAAGAUCGAGAACUCUACAAACUCCGAUGCGAAGAACUCAAAUCAUAAAAGCACUAUAGUGGAACAGAUAGUCGAAGUCGUGACUUCCAUCAGUACCAGAGUAUCGUCCAACAUUAAGAGCGAUCCAGUCAUCUUAAAAUUUAUCGUGACCAAUUCUACCACUAAUCCAAAUGUUCAGUCGGAGAAGACUUCGACGUCAAAUGACGAAGCAAACAAAUCACUCGAAUCGACUGUCGACACAACGGAGAGGAUACUCUCAAACAACAAUUCAAACUUGAACGAGAUGUUGCAAUCUCAAGAACACGCGCCGUUGUUAGAUAUCGAGGAACUGAAGAAAAUCGCCGAUGUUGUGACUGGAAACGAGACUCUAAAAAACGCGAGCUCGGAAUUUACAUUCAGUCGAGAUGGGGUGGAAAUAUUUACCAAAAUACUAAAAAAGGAAGAGGAUCAGACACAAGAGACACAUACAGUAUCGACGAUUCAAAAUCUUAACAGAAUUAAUGAUAGUUGCGAUGGCUUCCUGUGCGGAGAUGGAAAGUGCUUAGACUCCAGCGCGAUUUGUAAUAUGCUGGUAGAAUGUCCAGGCGCGGAGGACGAGGCUAAUUGCACGUGCGCUGAUUUCCUUAAAACACAGCUGUUGUAUCAAAAGAUCUGCGAUGGUAUCGCCGAUUGUUGGGAUUAUUCGGAUGAGAGCAAUUGCGACUGGUGCGAGAAAGGUCAAUUCGUAUGCGGUAAUAGUAAAUCCUGCGUUGAUACGGAUAAGGUAUGCGACGGUUUUAGCGAUUGUCCCGGCGGCGAAGACGAAAAAAAAUGUACCGCUCUGAUAGAUGACGAGUUAGAGGAAGACAUAACUGAAUCACGGAUUGAUCUCGUCUUGACGAAAAAUUUAUCGAAAAAUCAUUCCGAGACAGUCAAACGUCUCGAUCAAAUAAUCGAAAAAGAUAGAGAAUCUACUAUUAUAGACACAACUACUCUAUAUAUUCUCCCUGAUGAUUUCAAAUCUGAAAGAUUAAUAAACGGCAAGGAUGGCCUAUCUCCGAAAUUAAUCAAUCAGGAAUCGGCUCGAAAUAGAGAUGUGGAGGAGACUAACAUCGAAGUUGCUGUUUCCAGUAGAGAAAUAUCUUCGAACGUUUUAAAGAACGGUUUGAUUCCGGAGAAUAAUUUGCAUGCCAAAAUUAACAGAACCGUUCCAGUAACAAAAGAUUAUAAUAAAAAAAAUAAAGAGAUCGAUAAUUAUAACAAUAAAGGAAUACUUAGCAUACAAAAGAAUGGAAAAUGGGGAAAACUUUGUUUCAUCGAUACAAAUAGUCUCACACAAGAGCAGUACGCACGCCAAGUUAUGUGGUCCAUCGAGGAUCUUGCCAAAGCUGCAUGCAAGGCUAUUACGUAUCAAGAUUAUGAAAUGGUAGAAAAAGUGCUGGAUCAAAACCCGCCAUCGAAUCAAUUUUACUACACUUUGUCGUACAACGACAAAUCAGAGCUUUCAGAUAGAACAGCUUUGUCUUUCAAAUCGUCCGAGUGUCCAAAUGGCGAGGUUCUUAAAAUAAGAUGUAAAAAUUUCGAAUGCGGAAUAAGAACUCAGGUGGCAUCAACCGCGAGGAUUGUCGGCGGUGCUAGUAGUUCCAUGGGCAACUGGCCAUGGCAAGUAGCUUUAUACAAGGAUGGAAAUUAUCAAUGCGGCGGUGCUUUAAUUAACGACAGAUGGGUUAUUAGUGCCGGGCACUGCUUUUAUCACGCACAAAAUAACUAUUGGGUUGCAAGAAUCGGUGCAACACGUAGAGGAAGUUUCCGAAGCCCACAUGAGCAACUCUUACGAGUGGAUUAUAUAUCGCUACAUCCAGAUUAUAUUGAUCACAUAUUCCUCAAUGAUAUAGCUGUAAUAAGACUCGAACGAGCGGUUAGCUUUAGUGAUUAUAUUCGACCAGCGUGCCUUCCGAAAGCACCGGUCCCCAGUGGGACUGUAUGCGUGAUCACUGGAUGGGGUCAAUUAUAUGAAGAAGGGAGGGUGUUUCCUGAUACAUUGCAAGAAGUACAAAUUCCGGUCAUGUCGACAGAAGAUUGUCGACGGAAGACUCUAUUCUUGCCACUGUACAGGAUUACAUCUGGCAUGCUCUGCGCGGGAUUUGAGAACGGUGGUAAAGAUGCCUGUCUUGGAGACAGUGGUGGUCCUUUGGUAUGCUUAUCACCGUUCGAAAAUCGUUAUGUACUACAAGGAAUCACUUCAAAUGGCUACGGAUGCGGAAGGAGAGAACGACCGGGCGUCUAUACGAAAAUUUAUUCUUAUAUUUCAUACAUCGAUUAUGUCAUCACACAGAAAGAUAUCCAACCUUCCGCGGUAGAGUUCUGCAAGGGUCACAGAUGUCCUCUCGGAGAGUGUUUACCCAAAUCACGUGUCUGCAAUGGAUUUUUGGAAUGUUCCGACGGCAGCGACGAACGAGAUUGUUCCACAAUCUCGCGAUAAUACAAGACUGAUAUGUCAAUAUGAUAAUGUAAACGUUAUUUAUAUAAUAUAAAUAAAAAUGUUAGCAUAGUCCGAUGAAUAGAUAUAGUCUCAUUGAGGGAAAG